ACCCCACCACAAUGUGGAUGUAAACACUGUGCUGUCGGCAUGCUGGCUCGCUAUAUUAUGUAGGAAUAUGCAUGGAUUUAGGACAGAUGUCUUUCUGUGACAAAACAUCGUAAGGAAGACAGUAAUAGUGUGAGCCACAGCAAUAUGGUUGACCAAUGAGUAUAAUGUCACGGAAACAACCGAAAAAAAGGUCGUUGAAAUUAUUGGAGAAGUUGGUACAGGACAACAGCAGUGAGGAAGGAGCUGAGGAAAGGGAGGCACUGUUAGAUAGUCUUAUAAAGGAACAUGGUGGCAACCACUUCUACGAAAAAAUGAACGGGAGUUACACAAAGAAAGGCAAGACCAAGGCAGGGAAAGAGGCAGAGAACGAACGUCAGUCCCGAUCCAGAACGAAGGAUCAACAUGACCGCAUAUUGUAUGCUAAAAAGCCUCCGACUGGUCAGGGGUCAAUUUCUGUACCGUCGGGUCAUGUUAAAAAUGGAAAGUCAAGGUCACGAUCAAGGUCAGGUUCUUGUUCAUCCUCAUCAAGUUUUUGGUCAAGUGGAUCAAAGUCAAGGUCAAGAUCAAGGUCUCCUAAGCGUGGAACACCACGGAGUUCCAGAAGAAGGUCGUAUUCUAGUUCAAGGUCAAGGUCCCAUUCAAGAUCAAGAUCUCGUUCGCGUUCUAAAUCUAGAUCAAAAUCAAGAUCAAAGUCAUCCUCUCCACAUUCAUAUGUGCAUGGUGUUCAUACACACUUGAACCUUAAAAACAGUUCAAAGCCUCAUGACACAAUGAGUGAACAAGGUCAUAGGCAAAGGAAAACGAACCAGCAAAGUCGUAAGACUAAACUGUUAAAUCGAUCCCCACUUAGGAAGUUCAGAUCAAUGGAGAUCAAUCCUGAUGUGUUUAUUGAGGAACGACUGAAUCAAAAAUACAAAGAACUCCAUGAACUUGUGCAGACAAGCUUUAGUGACCGCCGACCGCAGGUCACACGGGACUAUUUCAAUCAGAUCCAGUCUCUGCGGGAUUCCUAUACAAAAGUCAGCCAUGGACUGCAGCCCUCUGGGCUUCUGUUGCCAGGGACAGGGAUGCUCAGUGACAUCAAACCCCCUGGGGUGCCACAGAGGAGACGCCCAAUGUCUGCCAGUACUCAUGCUGAACUUCGAGACUUGACAGCUGAGGAUGGAACCUACUAUACUAUCAGAAAUGUCAUGACCGCUUCAACAGCCAAGCAGCAGCAGAAGGUCAGGACUGACAUCAAUGGUGAAGGUAUCAACAAGAAAAAGAAAAAAAAGAAAAGGUCAGAUCACAGAAGGAAGGAUUCUGGAUCAACGAUAGAUUCUACAGUACAUCACAAUGGUUAUCAUGACAACUCUCCGAGUAACAGGACCCCAAGUAGUAGCAAGGCCACAGGGUCUCCACGGCAAAAAGGACCACCAGAGCCCAUGGACCACCACAUCAAACACAGUAAUAACCCAGAACUGCUCUCCUGGCUCAAACAGAAAGAUAUCACUCACAGGAAACAAAAGCGAGAGGAAAAACAGAAGAAAAAAGAAGAACGACAAAAGGUUAUUUUGGAGGCAAAUGACAAGUUUGAGAAGAGACUGGAGUCCCAAAAACUGGUUGACAAAUGGAUGAAAGCAAAACAGAAGGAGUGUAGAGCAAAAAGUAGAGAGGAAAAGAUUAGAGAAAAAAUAAGGUCAAGAGAAAGAAUUAAUCAAGAAAAUGUCAACACGCUGACAGUUCCAGGAAAACCCUUACGUCCACAGUCUGCACCACCUAAAAAGGGAGUUCACUCUGGAAAAGAGGGCAGUCAACAGGAACAUGUGCAAGUUGCACCCGGGGUGACACGAUUGAAGGAGGAUGAAAUGAAACAGGCAAAGACUGUGGGUAUGGAACCUCACCCACCAGCCUCCAAGUUCAUCUACAAAAGGCCGGUAGCAGGACGCAUCAAACUCGCCAUGAGAGAGCGACCGAAAAGUGCAUCUGUAAUCGCCCCACAACGCAAUGCAUCUGCAUCACCAAGGCGAGUGAGUGCCAGAGAUAAUUCUAAUGAAAAUAGACAGAGAAUGUCUUAUGAGGACUGGCUACAGCAGAAACGAAAGCAUGAACUUCAACAGAAAAAGGAAAUUCAGCUUCAAAAAGAAGAACUCGCUAAGUCUGAUCCUGAAUUAGCGAAAAUUGUACCAGAAAUAGCAAAGAAGAGGAUACAUCGAGUGCUAGAAGGAAAGAAGUCCAUUGAUACUGGAAUAAAGAAUUUUGAUGACAGAGCCAACAAAUCUUUUGGAGGUGCAGAUUUCAAUGACGAGGAUGUCAGUGCAGGUGAAGAGAAGAGUCCUCGCCCAUCAUACCGCCUUGACUCCGACAGGAUUAGCAAGACGGAUCCAAAGAAUUCUUCUAGAAAUUUGAAUCUGUCUGGACAGAGUGUAAACAUGGAUAGUCGUCCCGGCACAGCUCCUGCCAGGGGUAGGGUUCCCACACCCAAACGCUCCUCAAACUCCCCUAGGAAAGCAGUGGCACCACCUAAGGACAAGAUGAGUGAUGAAGUGUCAACAGGGUUCAGUCUGCCGUUUCAGGAGAAGGAUGGCGUACCUAAACAUGUAGCUUCUACUCAGAGGAAACUGUUUGCUGAAAAAGUAUGGGAACAGUUGAAGGAUGAAGAAAGACCAGAGCCACAGGGAUGUGCUGCAACAGAGACACAACAACAUCUGCUGUCCUCACAAGAGGGAACUCAGAGUGCAAAGGUAGAUAACUCAACAAAGACAGAAAACAAUGCAAAGAGCGAUGAUUCAAAUACAACAGCAGGUGAAAAUAAUACAAAGGAUGAGGAAAGUACUGGUAAGAAAGUAGAAGAACAGAAGGAAGAAAUUGUUGGAGAUUUUUUCCUUACAUCACGGGAAGAUAUUUUAGAUGAAGUGAAAACAGAAAAUGAUUCAAAGGAAAGUGAACAGACAGUUGAGACUCCUGCUAAGGAGGAGAAGAAAGUUGAAGAGUCUUCAAUGAAAGAGGAUGUGAAGAAUGACAGGGAAAAUGAGGACAAAAUAGAGGAGGUGUCCUCUGAGGUGAAACCACCUAUUAACGACUUGGAAACAGACUCUGGUGACUUAACAGGUGCUUGUGAUACACAGAAUGGACGAAAUGACCAACAGGAGGUCAAUGUCAGUGUAGCUCAUGACAACAGUCCUCGACAGGAUGUCACUGAAAGUGUAGCUCAUGACAACAGUCCUCGACAGGAUUUCACUGAAAGUGUAGCUCAGGACAACAGUCCUCGACAGGAUGUCACUGAAAGCGAGCUACAUUUAAACACCGAUGACCUACGUCCACAAUCGGCCAACACAUCUCGCAGUCUUAAGCAUGUGUCAUUUAGUGAGGAGACAGAGGUCUUUGGCAAAGAUGAGCAAGAGGGAGAGGAGGUUGAUUGGAGCACGGAUACUGCAACACCUGAUGUGGAUGACUAUGCUAGCAUGGCCAGAGAUGAUCUUAACAUGGCGGAGGAAACAAGGGAGGACCAGGAGGUAGGGGAACCGAUGCCAGAGGAGGUACCAAGUCAGAUAACAAGGGAGGACAAGGAGGUAGGGGAACCGGUGCCAGAGGAGGUACCAAGUCAGAUGUCACGUACAUCACUGGCCGAAAGUAUGGAGGAGGAUUUCUAAAUACUUUUCUUAGUGAAAUCUAUUCUUAGUGAAAGUGUUUAACUGAACAAGAAUUCUCCUUUAAGUGGAGAGUUGAUUUCACAAGGAGGAUAUAUUCUGAAUUACUGUUUUAACAGGAGUAAUAUCUCUAGAAAUGUCAGGUGAUUUACAAUGUUUCUGAGUGGGAGGUUACCCUGUAAUGUACUUUUUAGCCAGCAUUGAUAUAAACAGAGCUUGGUGAACACUUGGGAAAUCCUCUUCCAGCAUUUAGUCAGGACCAACAUUCCUGUGAUAGCUUAUUUGACGCUGAAGUGUCUCCCCUUGUGACCUCACCCUUGUGACACCCUUGACCUCACCCUUGUGACCUCACCCUGUGACUAAAAGAUUGAUGUACAUCGAAAGAAAUCUCUGCAGUAAUUCCAGGAUUGAACUGAUGUGCUACUGACACUAAUGGAAACAAAGCUAGCAGUGAAUGCUGAUCAGAGUUUAAUCGUAGUGUAAAGAAACAAAGACUUCA